GGAUCGAAUUAAAGACAUAAGGAUACAUCAUGUCUUGUUCAUAUAGUAGUGUGUUUCACACCAAAUUAUAGCUAGAGGGUAUUGUACUUCCCAGGAUUUUGUUCUCUCAAAUUUAACCGUAUUCAUUUGGUGAGAAUAAGAUGAAAUGAAUCCUAUGUAUAAGUAGCUAAAAGAAUAUUAUAUGUGCAUCACACCAUGUCCCUUACUUGAUUCAAACUAUAUGUAAUUUGUUUGUCUUAAACUAUAAGGCUGAUUGAUUUGUUAUCUAUUGGUUUUACAGGUGUUUGCUCGGGCACCAGCAUCUUGUCCUGGUUUGGCCAAUUCAAAGCGCAAAUUUUUUGAAAAACAUGUCCAUUCUGUUCCGGCAAAGAGGCAUAAAAAAGAAGCAAAUGUUCACACCAAAGAGCCAGAAAUACCGGUUAAUGAACACGAAAAUGAAGAUGAAUCAAACAUAGACUGGCAGACUGUCAUUAUCAAUGAUACCCUUAGAUCAUUGGGUACCAGAAAUUCACCUGUUCAAGCAUCACAUGUCAAUCUUCCCUCAAUCCCAGCUCUUGCUAUGGAGGAUGGUGAAAUUGGAGGACGUGAGGAACACAGUGAAUCAACAAAUGUUAGCAGGGACGAGAUAACUGUUGCACAACCGAGUACCAAAUUUGCAUCAUAUAUGGAUCUUCCCUCGAGCUCAGUUACAGGAUGUAGGCAUAUUCUUCAGACUGAGACAGGUCAGGUGGACACUAUUCCUUCAGCAUCACUGUUUGUUACCACUCAGCAAGAGAGAACAAAUUCUAAUUCCAGGAUGAGUUUUGGUCUGACGGAGAUGGUGGCCAUGUGUGGUAAUGAGGAUUCUGAUAUGGAUGAGGUGGAUUCUGCUGCCAAGGUCACAAUUCCUGGAACCUCAUAUAUGGUGAAGGAAGAAUUGGCUCCUAUUAUCAAGAAAAUUAUUGAGAGCAGAGGAGACAUAGCAGCCAAUCACAUUUGGGAGACACUCGAGAGUCGUUCUAUGGCAUUGGAGAGCCUUGCUGAUAUUCUCAAACAAAAUCAAACAAAAAAGUUUCACGAGUUUUCUGAAGUUGGAAUUCAGAAUGCACUUAACCUUGUUUAUGGUUUGAGCAGUGGACGUUUGGAUGUUGGGUGGCUGCAGCAAAGAUUAGAGGAUAUCUUACACGCGAAGAAGCUUAUCAAGCAGGCAUCUACCUUGAAGAAGAUGAGGGAGACCAGUGUUGAAGCCGUUAAGAAGAAGGACAGAGAGGUGGAACAACUUGAAAAAAAGAUGGAUUUAGCAAGGAAGGAACUGGAUAUUGAGCUUGCUAAGGGUGAGAAGAUAAAGAUGCUUGUGUCAAACGCUAAGGCUAAAGUUACCUAUUUUAUUGAUCACCUACCAUUAGAUGGUCUCUUCUGAUAUAUCUAUUAGUUUACCAAGUAGUGGCCAUUUAGUAGGUUUUAUUACCAACAGAAAUCUGUAACUGAUGAAAUCUUUGCAGUUCGGCCUAACAUUUUUGUCAGUCUGUAGAUUUACAAUCUAUCAGUGUAUGCUUGGUGCUGCUGAUAUAUGCCUUGAGCUUUUACAACUAAUUUUCAUCCAU